GCCGCUGCUGAACGAUAUCCCCGCUACGGCCUUUGACUCGCGUGUUGACAAUCACCAGCUCGUCGCCAAAAUUCGACAAAAACCGGUCUAUUUCUUCAGGGUUGGAAAAGCUCUUGGGAUUAGGAUUAGUGAUGGUGGGUGUCACAAAACUCACGAUAGCCGAUUUAAUCCACAUACUGGGUGUAGAGGGCAUGAAAAUGUAUGUAACUUGUGCAAACCGGUUGGAGGAGGAGGAUUUCUAAUCAAACUUCUGUUUAUUGCCUGCUUUCCAAAACUAUAGAAACUGUUUUUGAAUUCUCAUUAACUGCCGAUUUAGGAAGGGUAAUGAGAAAUAGACACCCGGAGCAAGUAACUGUUGAAGAUGUUAUUGCGGUGCUAAUUAGACAGAGAAAACGCCGUUGCUAUGUAUGAGUGUCUGGCUAUACGUCUUACUGGAUGCUUAGUCCAUGACGCUUAUGGAUGGUGUGAUAUAUAUGUUUAUGGUGGCUCCACCGGCGAGGACUUGCGGUGCGUUUCUCGCGAGGUGGGUGCCAAGUCUCGCUAACCCAGCUGGCGCUGCACCAGCUCUCAGCCCCUCGCCGCUCAAAAGUCGCAUUCUUCCAAAUCUAAAAUAUUCAUCUUUUCCUCCCAGCAUGAGCACAAAUGAUAAAUCCAACAUUCUAAGGAAGUACAAGAUCGUCUUCUUGGGGGACCAGGGAGUAGGGAAAACGUCGCUCAUCACCCGAUUCAUGUAUGACACCUUUGAUGAACAAUAUGCCGCCACCAUCGGCAUCGACUUUUUGAGUAAAACCAUGUACCUAGAAGACAACAAAACCAUCCGGUUACAACUAUGGGAUACGGCGGGACAGGAGCGGUUCCGGUCGUUGAUUCCUUCCUAUAUCCGUGACUCUAACGUGGCGAUCAUCUGCUACGACAUCACCAACAAAAAGUCGUUUGACAAUUUGGACAAGUGGAUCAGUGAAGUCAAAUUGGAACGAGGGGAGGACGUUAUAAUUGUUAUUGUGGGUAAUAAAUCGGACUUAAAUAACAAGAGGCAGGUGAGUGCCGAGGAGUUGGAGACGUUGGGCAAGUCGAUUGAAAACUGUAGCAUUUAUUUGGAGACUUCCACCAAAGCCAAUCAUAAUAUUAAGUUAUUGUUCAAGAAAAUUGCAAAAAGCUUACCAGAGUUUAACCUGGAUUCGGGGGCACAGAAUAAGCCAGAGACUAUAGAUAUCACCAUUGAGACCACUACGGGUGGCGAAAAUAGUUAUUCAUGCUGUUAGCACAAAUAUAUGAACUGAGAAGCGAAUACGAGCACCGCGAGUCGUAGGACGAGAGUGAGGGU